AUGAAUCUACAGGACGGGAGUUGUGAUGGUGCUCCAAUGCAUCGCCGUUUUCUGGAUGACACCGCCCUUCGUCAGCUUUCCCCUUCGCAUGGUGUGGAUUCCUGCGGCCUCGGAGCCGGCGAGCUUUGCGUAAAGGGCUUGGACCUUCAGGACGUUAUUCUGGCGCGUCACGAAUAUCCUUGGGAGGAGGGGCGUAAUCGUGAUCCAGAUGUGGAGGAACUCCUCGAGCGGCGUGCCAGCGCUGUGCCAACUGAUGCACAGCGUUCUGCCACUCCGGGCUAUACUAAGAUCCCCAUCCCGCACAAGAAGCCGAGAGUGAAUAACGUCCUCAGUCCCAGUCUGCGCAUGCUCCCCUCUGGCUCACACCUGCUACCCUCCGGCUCGCAUGCACUUCCCCCUAGGCCCCCUGCAAUGGCUCCUCGCCCCGCGGCACCCCCUCAAAGACCCAUCCCUCCCUCCAAAGCCCGUGUGCUUAAGCACACCUGCCUUGCAACGUACUUCACAGCACCGGCAAGGGUGAAGAGGGAUUUAAGACGUCGCGAAUUGCACAGGCUCGACACUGAUAGAAAGGUGGAGGAGUUCAAGUCCGAUGGAGCAGUCAAUGCACUUGCCUUUCGGGUAUCUACGACUGGCUGGCAAGGUACAAACUAUGGCUCUACUGAGUCAGGGAAAAUUCUCCGGGAGGAGUGGUAUAGCUACCAGAUAUUGUUUCGCUUGACUAAAUUUGAAAGAGUUCCAUAUCAGAACCUUAAAACUCGGAUCAGAGAUUCUCAAGGUAGGCUGUGGCUAGUGCGAACCUUUGUGGGUCCACACAUGCAUGAGCUCCUUCCACGUUUUCAAAAGGAGGCAGCUGCCUUUGUACUUGCUGUUGAAGAAAGCAAGAUGGGCUUUAAGGAGACUGAGAUGCAGGAGAACACUAGGGGACCUCAUUGGAUUUCUAUCUGUGGCCAUGACCGCAACUCUAAAUCUGUAGGAGUACCUGUCUCAAUGCCUCUCAGCUUGUAA